AUGUCUUUGUUGCUCGGUCUCGUUGCAAGGUCUUCUCGUCCUACAUCACGAACUCAUCGAAUAACAGUAUUUUUCUUAUCUACUACGACAUCAUUUGACAAAGACCUUUCGGAAUCACGAGCAAUAGUCAGGGACAAACUUAAAGAACAAGGGUUUUCCGGCCUCAUCAGCACCAUUUCAUCUACUUUUACGAAAAAUGAUUUGCAGUCACUAAAAGUAGCUUCCAACCAGCUCUCGAGAACGACAUCCUCCCUAAUCGU